AUGGACCUCCCUGCUGAAUCAAGCACUUUUACUGAAUUUGUCCAGUACGCCCUGCUUGAUUUUACCUUGAAUUUAUUGAAACCUGGUGGCUUUAAUGGAAAAAGCGACGAACGCAGCAUCUUUUGUGAAGUAUAUAUCCCAAUAUUCAAAGCUUUUGGCAACUGCCUUAGCGUAUUGAACUAUACAUGGUGCGAAAAGAAAGCAAAGGAUGCUGAUUACGUCUGGCUUGUCUCAAAUGAUUUCUCCAAGGAAAAGAAGGAUAACCUGAAACUACUUGAUGGCAUUGGCACCUUGGCGAAAAUUGACAGUACAUACCUAGUAAUGGAAAGCAGCGGCUUUAGCAAUGACAAGGUGGUCUCUCAUUCCCUCAAUGACACUCUCAAGAAUAUCAAGAACGGUCAUGACAAUUUAAAGUAUUUGUUUAGUCAGUAUCGAAACGCCUCUUUUGAUACCAUCAAGAAAGUAAACAUUUUCUCCUGCCAAAUCAUUGAGAACAAGGUUACUCUGAUCAAAUACGCUGUCAAGUCUCGAUCAACUUGGAAAGUCGUUGAAUGUCGUUCAGCUUCAGUGCCACUCAAUAUUGAAAACAGCCUUGAUUAUAUGAGAGUUUUUGAACUCUUCGCAUUCAUGUUGGAUGAUAUUCAAAAACAACAAUUUGUCUUCAAACAGCUGAAACUGGAGAACUUGGGCCUGGUGUCUGUACCCGAACACGAAACUGUAGCCCGCUUCCUGUUGUAA